UUUGGCUUCCGAGAAAUUCAAUGAAUAUUGUGGAGCCUGCAGUACAAAAGUGAAGGAGAAACCUAUGAAAAAAUGGCGACUCUUUAAGAAGCACACGAAAGUUUUCGACUUUGAGAAGCAAAUUAGAUAAAAUAAAAUCUUUCUGUCCAUUUCACUCACAAAAUUUGAAGGGCUCUCUCUCAAUUUCGAGUUUUUCAUUUUUCAUCAUCAGUCUUUUGUUAUCCGGAGAAAAAAAUCUAAUCUUGAAUGGUGAAGAGAGGAGGAGCGACGACGCUAGCUGAGGAUGCACCAUGGCGAGUUUCGUCAGUAAGACCAGUGCCUAAGAUCAGUCGCUCACCUGUUCUUUCUAUCUCUCAAAGCCCUGAAACCGAUUACGCCAUUUCCGUCAUGAAGCAUCCGAAUCCUGUGGGAGGUGGGUUUGCGAUGGAAGCUGUACUUGAAUCUGCAGGACCUGAAUGCGUGGUUCCUGGUCAAGUCACACCUGUUCGGUUACUUGGUGUCAAGGUGUGGCCGGUUGAAGUUGAUCUUAAAUUUUUGGAACCAGUGGGAAAAGAGCUGAAAAUGCUUGGAAAGUUCAUGGACAACGCCGUCGAGCUGAUGAAUAAGUCCUUCAUUGACCGUUAAGCACUAUGGAUAAAAGGAUACAUACUUGUCAAGGUUCUACGUCUGGAGUUUUGGAAUUGCGGGAGAUCUGUCUAGUCGCCGGAACUUGUUAAGAGGCAGAGAGAUCCAAUAUGAGCAACGUUGAAUAUGGUGUGUGUGUUUGUAUAGAGAAUUUUACAAACAGAAUCUAUAUGCUAUAUCAAAUCAUUGGUUUGAAUGAUAAUUGUAAGAAUGUCUUUAAAGGUUGUUAUCUUCAAGUCUUC